UCUGGAAAGACUGCCGGAAAACGCAGGGAAAACCUCAGUCACCACAGCCGCGGUGAGGGGAAUGGAACCCUCGCCACCUCCCAGUCUCGGCGUGGAAGACGAUCGUCCUAACCGCGCUACGCCACGCGAGCUUGUGCUACGUCACUAUGUUUACACUAGAGUCACUAAGUGGGGGUACAGAGUACCGCAUUCGUUUUCCGCGACGGAGCCGCCGUUCGGAGUCCGCGAUUGGGCCCCCGCUCGUGUCACGUGGUUUCUCCUUCCAAGAAUGCGGUCCCAUUCCAUCCAAAACUUUUCUUUCUUGGGGUUCUUGGGUUUCGAGCUGGCUCGACAGCGCUCUGUUCUCCGGCGGAGAAGGGGGAGAUUGACGUCCCAUUGCUAAGCGACGGAGCGGCGACGGAACCAAGAUGGCGGGCUCGCUCGCCGGCGUGGAAUGAAAGACGCGGCGACCUUGACACCAGCCCAAGAGGAAUAAAAUUUAUCCGUUGCGUCGCUGGCGACUUGUGAGCGAAAGGAACAUUAUUCGCAGGAAACAUAUUCCAAUCCCUAAAUCGAAACCAGCAAAACAUGCGGAAAGCCCAGGAGCCAAGCGGCGAAGCUCAGGAGCGACGUGACAUAAUUUCGGAGGAGAAUGAAGAAGAGACGGAGAGCACCAGCACCACGUCACGCACCCCGUACUACAAGCCACUCUUGCUGCCCAGCGGAAAAAUUGUCGAUAUCACGAAAAGGAAUCAGUUUAUUCGGGAAUGGAAGAAAGAACACUUGCGAUGCGAUGUCAAGCCCUACAUGGUGCUCUUGGUGUCAUUCAGCUUCCUGUUUCUCGUCAUGUACGCCUACACCUACCACCAGGCCGUAAUAUACACGAUACUGGAGAAAUUUCAAGGCAAAACGACGUCCAGCAUCGAGCCGAGAAACCUCAACGAGACUUCCGAAUACGUCACGGUUCCUUUCAAUAUGGCAAAAGGUUACGACGCACAGGACACGCUGCCAGCUCGGGAAUCUCCGACAACUACCAGCGACAACUUCACCACUAACAGGCGGCGAGGCACUGCAUUACGACGUCGUUGAUUUUCUUUACUUCGCAUAACCCAUAAUGAAACUCUGAAUAUUUAAAGUCUGAUGACAAAAUGAUAUAGCGUGUCUUCAUCUGAGAAUGCAAGAGGAAGAAGCUCA